AGAGGGUGACUCGUCCUGGGUCACAGAGCUGACAGGGCGGGCAGAACAGGUGACAUGCAGGGCUCUCUGAGUUUAUGAGGGCCCAGUCUUGUGUCUGCCUGGCAAUGGGCAAGGCCCCUUCCUGCCCAAGCUCCCCGCCCCUCCCCAACCUAUUGCCUCUGACACCCGCCACCCGAGGCCGACUUCCUGGGUGGGCAGGAACUGGGCCCUGUGCCCAGGGCGUGCACUGCCUCCACGCUGCAACCCUCAGAGUACUGAGCUGAGCCAAGGAGGAAGAGGGGAUCGGCACUCUGAGGAAAGCCUAGCCACUGCUGCUGCCAGGAAUUCCAGGUAGGAGGGGCGGCAACCUUCUGCCAGCCCCCAGGCCACUCUCCUGUGCCUGCCAGAGGGGACGGAGCUUGAGGAGAGCAGGAAAGGGCGGCAUCAGUCUUCAGCAUCAGGCAUUUCGGGGUGAAUUAGUAAAUGGUAGAUCUUGCUACCAGUGGAACAGCCGCUAAGGAUUCUGCAGUGAGAGCAGAGGGCCAGCAAAGUGGUACUCUCCCAGCGACUGUCUGACUCACGCCACCCCCUCCACCUUGGACGCAGGACACUGUGGUUUCUGAGCCAGGUACAAUGACUCCUUUUGCAGCCUCCCCCGUUGCCCCUCUGCAUCCACUGCUUAAAUACGGACAAGGACAGGGCUCUGUCUCCUCAGCCUCAGGCACCACCACUGACCUGGGACGGUGAAUCGACAAUGCCAUCUUCUGUCUCAUGGGGCGUCCUCCUGCUGGCAGGCCUGUGCUGCCUGCUCCCCGGCUCUCUGGCUGAGGAUCCCCAGGGAGAUGCUGCCCAGAAGACGGAUACAUCCCACCAUGAUCAGGACCACCCAACCCUCAACACGAUCACCCCCAGCCUGACUGAGUUCGGCUUCAGCCUAUACCGCCAGCUGGCACACCAGUCCAACAGCACCAAUAUCUUCUUCUCCCCAGUGAGCAUCGCUACAGCCUUUGCAAUGCUCUCCCUGGGGACCAAGGCUGACACUCACAGUGAAAUCCUGGAGGGCCUGAAUUUCAACCUCACGGAGAUUCCGGAGGCUCAGGUCCAUGAAGGCUUCCAGGAACUCCUCCGUACCCUCAACAAGCCAGACAGCCAGCUCCAGCUGACCACCGGCAACGGCCUGUUCCUCAACAAGAGCCUGAAGGUAGUGGGUAAGUUUUUGGAGGAUGUCAAAAAACUGUACCACUCAGAAGCCUUCUCUGUCAACUUUGAGGACACCGAAGAGGCCAAGAAACAGAUCAACAAUUACGUGGAGAAGGGAACUCAAGGGAAGAUUGUGGAUUUGGUCAAGGAGCUUGACGGAGACACAGUUUUUGCUCUGGUGAAUUACAUCUUCUUUAAAGGCAAAUGGGAGAGACCCUUUGAUGUCGAGGCCACCAAGGAAGAGGACUUCCACGUGGACCAGGCGACCACCGUGAAGGUGCCCAUGAUGAGGCGUUUAGGCAUGUUUAACAUCUACCACUGUGAGAAGCUGUCCAGCUGGGUGCUGCUGAUGAAAUACCUGGGCAAUGCCACCGCCGUCUUCUUCCUGCCCGAUGAGGGGAAACUGCAGCACCUGGAAAAUGAACUCACCCAUGAUAUCAUCACCAAGUUCCUGGCAGAUGAAAACAGAAGGUCUGCCAACUUACAUUUACCCAAACUGGCCAUUACUGGAACCUAUGAUCUGAAGACAGUCCUGGGCCACCUGGGUAUCACUAAGGUCUUCAGCAAUGGGGCUGACCUCUCGGGGGUCACGGAGGAGGCACCCCUGAAGCUCUCCAAGGCCGUGCAUAAGGCUGUGCUGACCAUCGAUGAGAAAGGGACUGAAGCUGCUGGGGCUGUGUUUUUAGAGGCCAUACCCAUGUCUAUUCCCCCCGAGGUCAAGUUCAACAAACCCUUUGUCUUCUUAAUGAUUGAACAAAAUACCAAGUCUCCCCUCUUCAUGGGAAAAGUGGUGAAUCCCACCCAGAAAUAACUGCCUGUCACUCCUCAGCCCCUCCCCUCCAUCCCUGGCCACCUCCCUGGAUGACAUUAAAGAAGGGUCGAGCUGGUCCCUGCCUGC